UCUGACUUCACAGAGGGAGGAUGUUCAAAGGGGGUCUGACCGCGCGCUAGGACUCAGUCCGUGACAGGAUUACAUUCAGCUCAUUCUUCAAGAGAGAUGAACAGUAGCCCAUGUUGUGAACUACCCUGAUUAUCCUGGAGUACAAAUCUUGCGGAUUCUAUGGGAUGUGCCAAGUUAGAAAUUGCUCUGAUGAAUUUUCAACGUUUGUGAACUGAAGGCACGCAACCUGGAGUGUGACACAACUUUCCAUCUUUAUAUAAAAAGGCUUUGCAUUUUGAUAUCAAAAUGAGUGCCGUGGUUUUCAAUAAAUUUGAUAACCACAUUAUGUUUGAAAAGAAUGCCAAAGAGGUGGAAAUGAAGAGUCUAAACUAUUUGGAAGUUAUCGAAGGACAGCAUUCAGAUUUGUUGUCAAAUCACAAAGUUAUUGAUGAUGACCCUUCUAUCAAGCACAGGAGAAAUGGGUCGCGGUCGGGUGCAGGGAAGGUUCGACACAAGCGUCAGGCUCUCCAGGACAUGGCCCGUCCCCUCAAACAGUGGCUGUACAAGCACAGAGACAACCCUUACCCCACCAAGACGGAGAAGAUCCUGCUGGCCCUGGGCUCCCACAUGACUCUGGUGCAGGUCUCUAACUGGUUUGCUAAUGCACGACGAAGGCUGAAGAACACUGUGAGGCAGCCUGACCUUAGCUGGGCUCUACGCAUCAAACUGUACAACAAAUACGUGCAGGGCAACGCCGAAAGACUCAGCAUCAGCAGUGAUGACACGAAUUCCGAGGAUGGUGAGAACGCCUCUCGGAUGCCGUCCGGCGACGGCGAGUUCAGCCGGCCGUCGUACCAGAGCGUCAUCCAGCAGGACAGACGGGUGAAAGGGGUGGGGCUCAGGACUGACCCCGCCCUUUGCGACGACUACGUCUCCCCGCCCAAAUACAAGAGCAGCUUGCUGAACCGCUACCUGAACGACUCCCUGCACCACGUCAUGGCGUCAAACAAAGUCCUGGACUCCCGACGGAGGAACCACUCAGGGUCCUUUAGCUCCAACGAGUACGACGAUGACCUUCUCUCGCCCUCAUCAUCUGAAGUGGAGGCUAACGGUGUCUACAGAGCUGAGCCUUUGGACUGCAGCUCUAACAAAUGUGACAGCAGUAAUAAGCGAAAGGAGGGUGGGAGAGGAAAAGACGAGACGUACUGGAAGGAGAUCCACGCCGCCAUGGCCUUGACAAACAUGGCCGCCCAGGGGAAGGAAGGAGGGACAGCAGCAACGGGGACAACCAGCUGUAUCAUCCAGAAGUCCUCUCAUAUAGCCGAAAUAAAGACCGUCAAAGUGCCCCUGCUGCCCCAACACUAACUCAGCCCUGUCUUGGGGAGAAGACAACUAGAGAGAGGGGGAGAGAUUGAGAGAGGAAGAGGAUUUCUUCUGCACCGCAAAAAGUCUUUACAAAGGGAUUCUUACAGAAAAUGAGAGAGACAAUUCCCUCGGUUCUUUAAAUAAGAUUAAGUGACAUUUUUCAGAGACUUGACUUCCUCAAUUCCUCAAAUAUGAAUUUAUUAUUAUUACCAACUACAGUGUUUUUAUGAAAAGCAAUAAUUUUGUGCUUGACAUGCAUUGCAUUCACUGGCGUGCCUUCCCAUGACAGAGCUCAGAAAGAUGAAGAGGUUUCUUGGGUUUAUUUUUCUUGUUGGUCCAUUUGGUCAUCUGAAGUUUUAGUCAUCAGUGUUAUUGAACCUGAAUGCACAGCAGCUGACUCGUUGGAGGAAAUGUUCAUCUGUAGAACCUUUUCUCUUUAAUCUUAUGGUCAUUCAUCAUACAUGAACACGAAACCUCAUGUCUGUGGUCGGAAAAUGUAAUAUAUUCUUUGAAUGUUCACCAUUUUCAUAAGUUAUAUGACAUUCAGUGUUGGUACGGUAGACUCUGGAUUUUUGUCCUAUGACUGAAUGCGUAAGACAUUUUCAAGUUUCAUCUUUUGCAUAAAACCAAU